GUCUAUAAUUAAUUUUUUGUAAGCGUUGCUUAUACCCUUUCCAAUUUUGCUUCACUACCUAUUCAAUAGAAGAGGGUAAUAGUUGAAAAACGGGUAAGUGAAGGAUACAGUUAGAACAAAGUCAAUGAAGUUUUAUACAAUAAGGAGAAAUAUAUACAAUAAAAAAAUGUUUCUCUAUAAAUAAAGGGGACUGCAUUAUGGUUGUAUUAUACUGUAUAUGUAAGCUCAUCAGCGUUGGCUAGUCCGAUGAUAAUCAUUCGCGACACUUUAGGUAAAGCCUAUAUAAUUGUAUAUAUCUAUACCCGGCCUACGUGUUGUUGGAGAGUUUGCAUAUUUCCAUGCAAAAAGUGUGUGCAACCUCAGAGGUUAAAAGCCACAUCCUGACUGCAGCGCGAACGAGCUAGAAACUCUCGUGAUUUCAUAUUUAACAUUUCAUUUACAAAAAAAUGUAAUGACAAGAUUAUAAGUCGACCGAGGAUCAUGCAGUUUUCGGGGAAGUCACCUGGCGCAACUCAACUGUGAAAGGUGAGCACAUACACUUGUGAAUGUUUUAUAAACAAAUAACACAUAAAUUAUUCAUGUGUGUCUUCAUCUAUCCACCAACGCUUCAACGCACAGGCAAAGACAGCUACAGGAGAGUUGAGAGAAAUGAAUAAUUCACAUUUAAGCUUUCACAGUCCAAAAUUUUAUAAAACAUUUAACAAUUCGUGAGCUAAGGAGAUCUGUAAUAAGCUAUAUAUUUUUUCCUCUCUGCCAAGGUUGUGAUCUUCUUCGUGAAUUGCCAUCAGCAAAACCAUGUCAAUGAAGGUAUCUCUAAAUUAUAUCAUGUUGCUGAAUGAAUGGGUGAGCAUUCGGGGCAUUGUGAGUCUUUUAGAGAAAAAUUAUGAACAUUGGUAAUCUACCACCGCUACCAAUAAAUUUGUUUAAAAUACAACUGAGUUAUAAAAUUAUUUCAACGUUUUCUAAAUUAUGAAGCAUAAGGUAAACUAUGUAACAUGAAGGCUAUGAUAAUGAUUAUUUUCUAAACGUCACAUGCAAGGGACAUAAUAGAUUUCUCUUAGGUGGUUACCUCCCAUGUAACGAGUCACUUCAGGGUUGACUGCUUCAAUAGCUGUACUUAACAGCUAUAGGAGGUCAAGAAGAUGCCGAAAUUGUCUUCAAAAUAAAAACUUUUAGCAAAGCAGCGUCAGCACCCAGAUAUGAAACAUAUCCUAAUUUUGAUGUUGCUUCUAUUGGAAACGACCGCAAUACAUGAUGAAGAAUCCAGCUGUGAAGUGAUUUCCGGUGAAACCUGCUUUUAUCAAAUAACAGGCAGAAUCAAAGGAAAAAUCUUUGAGCAGAAGAGACCAUUUUAUCUCUUUUACAACUCCACAACGGGAAGUAAAGAUACUGCCGCAAUGUUUAUGUAUGCCAAUACGUAUCACUGCGAAGAAGCAAGAGGGUUUAUUUGCGAUACACAAUAUUUCAACGACACUUUUUCUAUCAGCGUGAAUAGAUUAGAAAAUCCUCCCAGUGCACUGCCAUGUACAGACGGAAACUUUAUUUUUUCCGCUGACGGAGAGAAGGACAUCUCCUGUAAGCCUAUACAGAACAAAUGGAAUUGUGAAAGUGAUUCGGCUAAUUGUAUCGCUGCUAGUGUUGUUGGCGUCAUAGGUUGGGUCAUCGUACUAUUAUUCCUCGUGAAAGACAUCUGGGUCCUUUUACGAUUUAUUCAAAAAAGGAAAAAAGUAAAAGAAGAGGAACUCCUUCUCCAACCAGCGGUUCUUCAUACUGGGAUGCGUAAGCAGAGGUGUUGAGAACAUCACUUGUUAAAUCAUCAUUUUUUCAGAAGAAUUCAUACCAAAAGAGAUUUGCUUCCGACCAAUUUUGACCAACAACGGCUUUUACUGAUUUCCCUUUUGUCCAGCACGGGUUAGUUCAUAAAAAAUUCCCAUUGUUAUAGACUACAACUGCAUAAAAGAAAAAAGUAAGACUACAGAUAUAUUGUCUGGCGAGUGUGUGCAAAGUCCUAUUUUUUUUCUUGUACAUAAAUAAAAAGGUUAAAAGGCUACACAUUCACAUACCUUUUACUCCCCUUUCUCACUUACUUAACCCUUGUACACAUUUUUUCUUUAUCUUUUCCCUCCAUAUAUACACAUUUAUCUCCCCAUAUACACACACCAAUAUCGUUUUAACCGUUUUCUCUUGACUUUGACUUCACUAGUGGCCAACAAAUUAACAGUUUCAGUGUAAAAUAACACUUAGUUUCCACAACAAAAAGCCCAAACUGCCUAAUUACUAACUCUUUAGUGCUAUUAGUGCUACUGUAUAGUUUAUUGAGAACGUGAGGUCCUUCUUUCAAUGUCUUGAAAUUUUCUCUCUUACUUACACAAACAGGACAUUUACAUAAAAACAAGCCUUUUAUCUUGCUAUGUGGGCAGAAGGAACAAAUGGGGUCUACUGAAGAUUGUGGGAAAAGGCUUGCAUGACUGCUUUUUCUGAUACUUUCAAUCUUCUUUACAGCUCUUAAACUACUCUAUAGUUCAAACUGCAAACUUUUUUGAAGAUCAGCUUACCUUUCUUGACAACAGGUAUCCCUAAAUUUACUUUUAAAUUUCAUCAGAAGUAAUUUCUUAUCGUCAACUUGUUCAGUUAUCUACACAUAGCCAAACCAUGCGAUCUGUAGGCGUGUCUUGUGCUGCUGGGCUGGUCAGUUGGAGUGUUUGUCACAGACCUAGUCGGAGAGGUAGGACUAAGCGCACGCGCACGGACGAAAGGGCGUGAAAGAUGGAGGUUUCCGGAAUGCGUGUCUCUAUGAUGUUAAAAAAAAAAGAAAAGAAAAAGAAAAGGUGUGACGGGAGAGGGAGAGAGCAGUUAGCCAGGAGAGAUUGGGGUAGCAAGCGAAAGGACGAGAAGACGUGAAACUGGACGUUUGAUGGUGAGUGGAAAAUAUUGUUUUCGGGAAGUAAAAAGACAUUGCCAAGACAGUGAGCUUAACUGAUGUAUAGAGAACCUAAGGAACACUUUGGAGUUUGCGAUUGUGUCUUUUGAAGUGAAGAGCCAUUGCCGAGACAGUGUGCUUUAUAUAAGGAGUUUCUUGCAUUUUGUGUAUGUGUGUUUCGAAGUGGAGAGCCACUGCCGAGACAGUGUGCUUUACUGGUUGAUUAGGAGUUUCUUGCAUUUUGUGUAUGUGUGUUUCGAAGUGGAGAGCCAUUGCCGAGACAGUGUUAUUUAAUAAUGUAUAGAGAUUCAGUGCAUUUUGUGGAUGUGUUUAGUAAACUCUUACAGGCAAAAA